AUGAAACCUGGCAGAGCUCCCGGACCUGAUUUUAUAUCAGCAGACUUUCUUCGGGCUGGUGACCAUCCACUUCAUGCAAUCUUAGCAGCACACAUGACAUCCUACCUUCAGAAAGAAAGGAUCCCAGACCAGUGGAAGACUUCGCGAACCGUUCUUAUCCAUAAGAAAGGUGACCGAGAGGACCUUCGGAACUACCGUCCGAUAUGCCUGCUGAGUGUGUUAUACAAAGUGUUCACCAAUAUCAUCUUCACGCGCAUAUCUAGGACGCUGGAUGAGGCCCAGCCUCAAGAACAAGCUGGAUUCCGCCAAGGGUUCAGCUGCUUGGACCAUAUCCAGACCGUGUCGAGGAUCAUAGAGGUUUUCGGGGAAUAUCCGUUUGUUCUAACCUUGGUCAACUAUGAGAAACCUUUCGACAGCGUGUAA